AUGCGGCCAUGGAUCAUGCUCUUCACAGAGCCAAUUCUCUUCUCGUUAUCACUUUAUAUGGCUUUCAUCUACGGUGUGCUCUACCUAGAUUUUACCGCUUAUCCAGUCGUUUUUCAGAAAGCACGCGGGUGGUCCCUUGGCAUUUCAGGAUUGGCAUUUACGGGAAUCGGUACUGGGAUGGCCAUCGCCACUGGUCUAUCCCCGUACGUCAACAACAUUUACUCCCAUUACAAGAAAAAGAUUGGCGCGGUACCUGAAGCUCGCUUGCCGCAUUUGAUCCCAAUAGUUUGGCUGUUGCCGAUUGGCAUAUUUUGGUUCGGAUGGACAGCACUGCCCCCGACACAUUGGAUCGUGUCUAUUAUUGCCGGUGUGCCUUUUGGCUUUGCUUUAGUGAUGCUUUUCCUCGGUAUUAAUGCAUAUCUCACCGACUGUUAUGAUCGUUAUAGUGCCAGUGCCUUGGCGGCUAAUACGAUGCUUCGCUGCCUUUUUGGAGCAGGCUUUGCUGUAUUUGCUACCACAAUGUAUGAAAAGCUUGGUACACCGUGGGCUACUAGUAUAUUGGGAUUUGUUUCUUUGGCUCUGGGAGUAUUACCAUUUGUGUUUUACAAAUUUGGAGCCAAAUUACGAGCGGCCAGUAGGUUUCAUAUGGAUGUCACUAGUCAUAACUAG